GGUUCAUAUUUGUUCAAUGGCGGUAAAUGCGGUAAACAGUUGAAAGCAAGUCAAACCAAUAACGGUUUUUCCAACGUGAAACAUUUAACAAAUCUCAGAAGAGAGGUCCGAGAGACCGGAUUUAAUAUUCUUGAAAACAAUUUCAUGUUCUCAUUCAAAAUAAGAUUGAGCAACGUUAUACGACGUGUCAAGUGAAUUGAAGAAAUCCGGUCAUCACUUUGGGUUCUUGUGAUCGAAAUGCCGCGAACCAAGUAUACACGCAAAACGAAAGCGAAUGAUUCGAUUAAAGAAUAUAACAUGAUGAUUCAGACUUACGAUAGACACGUACAAACACGUAUUGCCAAAUUGGAACGUGACGCACAGACGGAAGUCAAAAGCUUCGAGACCUUCGUCGAUGUUAUGGUUAACCGUAUACCGACAGAGAUACGUCAAAUGACGCUGAGCAAGAUACUUGUUUGGCAAAACGGCGACAAACAGAAGGAAAAUUACAAUAAUGAAGUGAACUCGUUUGACAACAAUUGUAUGCAGCCGCCUGCGAAACCUAAAGCUAAACCAAAAACGGUGAAUAAAGCUAUGAAGCGUCUAACCACUGCUAUAUCUGAUGAUGGAUAUGCGACUGAAGGCGGUACCAGCAUAGGCAGCACAUCAAAAAGUAAAAGACGGACACAAGUAACCACAACAAGGAAGACACGUAGUUCAACUAUGGCAAGCAAAGCUAAACUUAUGGAGAUUAAUCACUUCAAGACACCAGCGAUGCUGAAACCUCCACCCAACGUGUACGAUGUGGUUACGCCAAAGAUCAAGCCCAACACACCAUUAAAUGUGCUGAGACGUCCACGCCAAGGAGAAAUGGUUCUCAGCAUGAAGGGUAGUCCACUGUUGGUCUCUGCUAUUGUUGAAGAAAAAACUGCUAAUAUCAAUGUACCUUUGGCUGAUGGCAAUGUAAUGUCUUUAUUGCCUCAAGAGGGAUUACGCAUGUCACAUAUUCCUUCUCUGGAUGCUGAAACAAUGCUUCAAUUGCAAACACUUAAGAAUCAUAUUGAGAAAGUUAUUUCAUUGAAGUAGCAGUAAUUGUCAAUAAAUAUAGGAUAUAUAAUGUAAUAUAAUACGUAAAAUAUUUGUUUAUUUUCAUACACAGCCUUAGAAAAUGGUAAAUUAUAUCUUUCUCUAAUUUGUUUUGAUGAUUUUAUAAUAAAUAUCUUUUAUAUUGUA